CUUCUUCCUGGCGGGUGGGGUGCGGCCAUGGAGGGUGAUCCUCCACCGGUGGAGGAACGGCGGCGGCUGCAGGAGGAGCUGUCCGAGUUCGUGGAAAGCUGCUGUCGGAGGCUGGAGGAGGUGACCGCGUCCCUGGGCUGGAGUCUGGAUCGGAUGGAUCCCGGGAAGGAGGUCGCGGCAGAGGAUGAAGUUGUGAUAUGCCCUUAUGAUACCAAUCAUCACAUGCCUAAAUCUUCUUUAGCAAAACACAUGGUAUCGUGUAGGUUGAGGAAACUGGGCUACACGAGAGAAGAAGAGGAUGAAAUGUAUAAUUCUGAAUUUUUCUAUGAGAAUGUAAAGAUACCGUCAAUCACUUUGAAUAAGGACUCACAAUUCCAGAUAAUUAAACAAGCUAGAACUGCAGUUGGAAAAGAUGGUGAUUCUUAUAAUCAAAGGAUUUAUUCUUCACUACCUGUUGAAGUUCCUCUGAAUCACAAACGAUUUGUUUGUGAUCUGACCCAAGCUGAUCGUCUUGCCCUCUAUGAUUUUGUAAUUGAGGAGACAAAGAAGCAGCGCUCUGAUUCUCAAAUUAUCGAAAAUGACAGUGAUCUCUUUGUAGACUUGGCUGCAAAAGUCAAUCAAGAUAAUAGUCGAAAAAGUCCAAAAUCUUACCUUGAAAUUCUGGCAGAAGUGAGGGAUUAUAAAAGAAGGCGCCAGUCCUAUAGAGCCAAGAAUGUUCACAUAACCAAGAAGUCGUAUACUGAGGUGAUUCGGGAUGUGAUAAACGUGCACAUGGAAGAACUCAGUAAUCAGUGGCAGGAAGAGCAGGAAAGAGCAGAGGAUGAUGGUGAAAAGAAUGAAAGGCGAUCAGUUUCAGUAGAUUCACGGCAGUCUGGUGGAAGCUAUUUGGAUGCUGAGUGUUCACGACAUAGAAGGGAUCGGAGUAGGAGCCCACAUAAACGAAAAAGAAAUAAAGAUAAAGAUAAAAACUGGGAUUCAAGAAGAAGAAAAGAGAGGGAUGGGGAAAAACAUCAUAGUCAUAAAAGAAGAAAGCAAAAAGUAUAAAUGAAGUAUUUGUGCAAGUAUUAAUUAUGCUGAUGCCAUGAUAACAGUAUGCUGAUAAUUUCGUUAUAAUUGCUUUGAGUAGGAGAAUGUGUUUAUAUGAAUUGUUCAGUGCUCAGAUCAUUAUUUUUUAGUAUGUGCUUAUGUCUCAAACCAUGAGUACACUAUUAUGCCCUAUAACUUGUUUUCCUUAUAUUUUAAUAGAUGAUUGCUUCCUAUUAUCAUUUUAUUUUUUUCUUUCUUGAUAAUUUAGCAAAAAAUUCUUUAAUUAAAGUCAAUACUUGAAUUAUAUAAAUAAUACAUGACUACAUUCUCAUUGUAAAAAACUAAACCUUACAGCCCUGACUGGCGUGGCUCAGUUGGCUGAGUGUCAUCCUGAAAAUCAAUAGGUCGCCAGUUCGAUUCCCAGUCAGGGCACAUGCCUGGGUUGUGGGCCAGUCCCUUGUUGGGGUGUGUAUGAGAGACUACCAACUGAUGUUUCUUUCUCUCUCUUUCUCCCUCCCUUACCCUCUCUCUAAAAAUGAAUAAAUAAAAUCUUUAAAAAAAAUUAAACCUUACAGAGAAGGCUAAAGUCCCCUUGGAACACCCGCUGCAAUCUCUGGGGACACCCCAGUGGUAACUACUAUUUACCACUACACUGGUGACUUGCAAUAGGGAAAACCCACCUAAUAUCUGUUAGGAGAGGGAAAGGCCUGGCUAAAUAAAAUACACUAUAGUUAUAUAACAGAUUACUAUAUUGGAUAUAAAAGAAAUAAACAUUAUCUACAUUAACAUGGAUAGAUUUCAUAAAUAUAAUGUUAAGUGAAAAUAGCAAGUUGCAGAAAAAUGUGUACAAGUUAUAUCUUUGUACAAAACAAUACUAUAUGUUUUCAGUGGCUGUAUAUGUAUGUAAAUAUAUUUUUAAAGGUUCAAAAGAACCCAUACCAAAUGCACAAUAGUGAUUUUUUGGGGGGACGGUAUAAUUGGGAUAGAUUAGGGGUGGCAGUGAGGAUUGGGAAGGUGGUCCAAGGAAACUUUAGUUUUAUCCAUAAUACAUUAAUUAUUAAAAAGUAAGGUAUUCAUGUUUUACUUGUUAAAUUGUCAUUUUCUUUUUUAAAAUGCCUUCUUAAAAAUACUGUCAUUUUGUGUUUUUUUGUAAAUUAAAUGUAUUGAGGUACUGUUUACAUAAACCAAAAUGCAUCUAUUUUAAGUGCACAUUUCAUUGACUUUGACCAACUUAUACUGCCUAUAUAACUGUCACCUCAAUGAAGAUAGUGAACAUUUGCAUCAGCCCAAAAAGUUCCCUUAAAACCUUUCCCACAAUCUAUUUCUCUACCCCCAGCUGCAGGCAACCCCAGAUCUGCUUUGUGUUACUGUUGAUGAGAUGUAUCUUUUCUAGAAUUCAUAUAAAUGGAAUAGUACAAUAUACACUCUGCCUUCCUAUAUUCCACAUAUGUUUGCGAUUGGUGCCUGUUGUUGUGUCAGUAGUCUGCUCCUUUUUGUUGCUCAUAGUAUGUUUGGUCACGUGGUAGACCAUUCAGUGAAAUUUUGGCAUUAAAUGUUAAGCAUCUCAUAUCUGAAUAGCAAUAUCUAGAAUAUUGGAAAUCUAGCUUAAAGAUCCCAAACUAGGUUUCAAAUAGAAAUUGAACCUUAAUUUUUUCAGUAUGUAAUUGACAAAGACAGAAAGGUUGACUUGAUUUAGAUCAGAUUGGCUGUUAGGCUUCAGAUAUAGAAAACAGCUGUCAGAUUUAUAAGUUGGAAACAGGUCACUUGCCAAUAUGAAGUCCUACAACUGCCAUUGCACUUAAUUUCCAAAUAUCUAAAAUUCAGCUUUAAAAUUCUUAAAAACAAGGACUUUGCGGUUACCACAGUGUUCAAGUAUAUGAAGUUGCCGCUUUUGUAGGUCAAAAUGAUUUGGAUGAUCUCAACAGUUUCAUGUAGUAUAACUUAAUUUACAAUUUUGUUUUUCUUUAUGAUUUUAAUGAUUUUACUCACUGGGAGAAACAAAAGAGUAAAAUUAAAAGGCAAACUUGGGUUUUUAGUAGAAGAGAAAUCAGUGAAAAGAGGGAGUGGAAUGGUCAGAUUAGGGAAAAAUAGGAUAGUAUGGAAAAAGAUUAUCUAAAAUGUAACCAGAGUUCUUUAAGUCCAAAAUUUUAAGUAUAAUAACUAAUGCAACCCAACCAAUGAAAUAUAGAAUUAGAUCAUAAGAGGUAUUUAUUUGAUCCUUGAAUGUAUUAAUUUUCCAUGUUUAGUAAUUUGUUUUAGACCCCUUCAUCAAUAUAACCCCCAUGCCUAGCAUAUAAUAGUUAAUUUGUUAUUUUAAAUUUUGACAAGAGUUUUACAGACCCUUGUCACCUAAUAUCUAAGUAUUUAUUCAUAAAGUGCUAAUAUUAAUGAUUCUAUAUAACUGCUAUCCAUCUUACCCAUCCACUAAGUCUUAGCUCAGAUGAUAUCUCUGACCUACGUUUCUGAUCUUCUGACUGUAUAUUUUCCCUCUUGAACUCUUUUUAAAAGCACUAAGGAUAGAAGUUGCUAAGCACUUACUAUGUAGCAGACUCUGUUCUGAGCUUUUUAAAUUGUAAAAUAUACAUAAAAUUUAACAUUUUCACCAUUUUUAAAUGUAUAGGUUCAGUGGCAUUAAGUACCUUCAUAUUGUUGUACAACCAUUGCCAUUGUCCAUCUUCAGAAUGCUUUUAUCUUCCCCAACUGCAACUCUGUAGCUAUUAAACAACUCUGUUUACUCCUCCUAGCCCCCUGUAACCACCAUGCUACUUUCUAUCUAUGAAUGUGACUAUUCUAGGUACCGCAUACAAGUGAAAUUACAGAGCAUUUUUUUUUGUGCCUGACUUAUUUUCCUUGGCAUAAUGUUUCCAAGGUGCAUCCAUGUUAUAGCAUGUGUCAGAAUUUCUUUUUUAAAGCUAAAUACUAUUUUAUUAUAUUUGUGUGUGUGUGAAUAUAUCUACAUCUUACAUUUUGUGUAUCUAUUCAUCCAUGGGUGAAACUUCUGUUGCUUCCACUCUUUGGUUAUCAUGAGUAAUGCUGCUGUGAACAUGGGUGUAAAACAUCUGUUUGACUCCCUGAUUUCAGUUCUUUUGAGUGAAUAUCAUAUUUUUCCAUGUAUAAUGUGUACUUUUUUGCUCAAAUUUUUGAGGGAAAAAUAAGGAGGUGCAUUGUACAUUGGUAGUACU